AAUACGCCCCUCGAACAUCAGAAGUUCCAUGUUGCUGACAUGGAAAUGCAAAACAAACAGCAAACCUGUUUCUCUAGUAGCACCCGCACUGCCCCAAACAUCUUUGGUUGAGACUCAUCUUGUCAGCUUUGACUGAUCUGGCUUUAUUUGCCUAAUCUGAUAGUGAAGAUUGAUUCCCUACGCCUGGACCGCGGGUAAAUGCCCUUUGUUGAAAGGGAUCAGGAAUGGUGGUGAUCUUGGCCAGCGACCUCCGCCGCUUGUUGGUCUCACUUUGAGCUUCGACCCUUUCACUCCAAUUCCCUUUCCCACGGGCGCCUGCGUUACUCUGCUGGGCAUCAUCGAGCUAGUCCUGUCGCUUAGAAUUUCUAGGACACCGUGGAUGUACCCUUUCUGUUCUCUUUAAGCCUCGGAUUCUCCGAUACCACUUUCGAUUGUCUUUGCCCUGUACUUCAUACUACCUGACCUCGGCGGCAACCCGACACAACACACCUUCACUCGUCUGAGAUAAUCUCGAAUUUAACAACGAAAGGCGCACGCCCGAGAACGCUUCGCACGAUUUCUGGGGAUACAUAACUGGAUUGAACCUGCAAAGGCAUAGUUCUUUACGGACAUGCCUCCCGGCGAUGUCCCACUACCGGACAGCCUCGUGCCGGGCAACGGGGCUGUCCGUCCAAGCCUGAAUACGACCGGCUAUGGUCCUGGUACUAGCAACGGGGGAGGCUUUCAGACACAAACACCCACGUCACCUGCUGAUAGCACCGUCCCUUUCGAUUCUCCUCGCGCUCGCCCAUGGAACGCGCCUACCGGUCUUGAUACCGUUCAGAGUCCAGAUGGUCGCGCAGGACGCCGAUUAGAUUCUAAUGCUUCCGAUCCAACAACACCGCAGGAUCGGACUAAUUAUUGGGAAACUUCUGCACCAAUGGACAGACCGCGACCGAACGGCCGAUCACACACCAAGUCCCCAGGGAGUUCAUCAAGAAUUUGUAAAAAGUGCAACGAGCCGCUCACCGGCCAAUUCGUUCGAGCUCUACAAGCAACUUACCACCUCGAAUGUUUCAAGUGUGAAGACUGCGGACAGAUUGUAGCUUCCAAGUUCUUUCCCGUCGAUGCGGAAGAUGGCAGCGGACAAUACCCACUAUGUGAGAUUGAUUACUUUCGAAGAUUGGACCUUCUAUGCCACGACUGCGGUGGUGCAUUACGCGGCUCCUACAUAACCGCCUUGGACCGCAAGUAUCACAUAGAGCAUUUUACCUGCUCAGUUUGUCCGACAGUUUUCGGCGCACAAGACUCUUACUACGAGCACGAAGGCAAAGUAUACUGCCAUUUCCAUUACUCUACACAAUUCGCUCAGCGGUGCCACGGUUGCCACACAGCAAUCUUGAAACAAUUCGUGGAGAUCUUCCGCAACGGUCAGAAUCAACAUUGGCACCCCGAAUGCUAUAUGAUCCACAAGUUCUGGAACGUCCGUCUUGCGCCAACUGGCCAACCUUUGGAGUACCCGCAGGUGGAAGAAGAUGCGACAGACGAAGAAAGGAACCGAAUCCGUGAGGAAGAGGACUUGAUGGAGGAGAAAGUCUACAGGAUCUGGAGUAUCCUCUCCACUUUUGAGGAAUCAUCUGCGGCCUGCAUCUCCGAUAUGCUUCUUCAUGUUAGCAACGGUGCUUAUAUAGAAGGAGUACUCGUCGCAAAACGGUUCAUCGAGCAUGUUCAAAUCCUUUUCUCUGGUAUUGACCAGCUCGCAGGCGUUAUCAAGGCCCAAGGGAUUAAAGACCUUGCCUUUGGCCGUGAAGCCAAAUUGCUUUGCAAAAAGAUUGUCGCAUUCUUCGCCCUGCUAUCUAAGACACAAGAGACGGGAGUUCGAAAGCUAGGCGUCACUCAGGAGCUUCUGUCGCUAGUGACUGGUCUUGCCCAUUAUCUCAAGCUCCUCAUUCGGAUCGGCUUGCAAGGCGCGCUGAAACUAGAAAGGGAACAGCGCACUCCUAAAGGCCUCCACCAGUUCCUAGAUCGUCUUGGAGAUCUCGAGUCGCUGCGACCACAGGAAGAGGAUGAGCUAUCUGCAGAUCUGAUGGUUGGCGUGGAAACAUUAGCCGACCAACUGUCCGAUUGCUGCGCUUCAUGCCAAGAGCCGAUUGACGACGAGUGUGUCAUGUUUGGCACCAACAGAUGGCACACAAAACCUCCGCAUCUUCUCUGUACUUCGUGUAAGACAGACCUGACAACCAACCUUCAGGAUGCUUUCCUUACUCCAAAAGACAAGCAGGCCUUUUGUGGCAACUGCGUUGCUCACAAAAGUCUUCUGAACACCGUGCAAAAGGGGUUCACACAAGUUACAAAACUUCAGCAGUUUGUUUUUCUGCUUAGAGUUGCCCUUGCUCGUCUUCUUUCUGUUUUACGAGCUGGAGGGACCCUUUCCUCAUCGGAUGGCCUUGGCACAAAGGCGCAUGGCGGCAAUCAAGCUACUCCAAGCGGCGAAUCAGGUUAUUCCCGGUCUCGGGCAGAGGGCGGCGACGGGUCUUCACUUGAACAGACUGUUGGCGAAAUGCGACGCCUUCGGUCAAUUCGCAACGAGCGUGCUCUCUCCACAACAUACAAGAAGGCCCGUGCGUCGCGAAUCAUAGAUGGUCCUGAAGGGCGGAGUGUCAGACCCGGUUCGGCUGGUGGCGAGGGUCAAGAUUCUAGAGGAGCUGGCUUCCAAAUUGUAGAAGAGAGGGACGUCAACGGAGACACCGUGACAGAGCUAACGUUUGGCAACCAGGAUGCUUUAACCUUGGAUGACAUUCCAAGGAUUGUUGCCGCGGAGCAGGCCAAGGAGCAGCGGCCCAACGCAUACAGACAUGCAGGCACGAAGCUCGUCGGUACUACCGAGCCCCUUCCCAGGUACAACCGUGGGCAUCAACGCGGCGUUUCCGGUGCCGGUAUUGAUCAACUCCUCCCUGAGCAAACCGGAAGGGGGAAAAGGUAUUUUUCGGAACUUUCCGCCUUGGAAUUCUUCAUUGUUAGGCACGUUGCCGUUUUGUCCAUGGAGCCUCUUCUGGACGGCGCAUUUACGCUGGAGGAGCUCCUUUCUUUGAUCGAAUCGCGGAAACCGACAAUAUGGAACAUCUUUGGAAGAGCCUUUGCCAAGGACGCGAAAAAGGGAGGAAAGAAGAAGGGUGUAUUUGGCGUCAGCCUGGAUCUUUUGGUCGAGAAGGAAGGCACCGAGUCCAGCCAUGGUGUCGGCCCUGGAGCUCUUCGCAUCCCAACCCUUGUCGAUGAUGCCGUUUCUGCUAUGCGCCAAAUGGACAUGUCUGUUGAGGGUGUCUUCCGAAAGAAUGGCAAUAUCCGACGUCUGAAAGAGGUCUCGGAGUUGAUCGACAACAAAUACGAGCAAGUAGACUUGACGAAGGAGAACCCUGUGCAGAUUGCAGCCCUGCUCAAGAAAUUCCUUCGAGAAAUGCCUGAUCCGCUCCUCACCUUCAAACUCCACCGUUUGUUUGUGGCUUCGCAGAAAAUAUCAGAUCCAGAAAAGCAGAAGCGGGUCCUUCACCUCACCUGCUGCUUGCUGCCAAAGGCUCACCGCGAUACCAUGGAAGUUCUGUUUGCCUUCCUCAACUGGACCUCGUCAUUCUCCCAUGUGGACGAAGAAACUGGAAGCAAGAUGGAUAUCCACAAUUUAGCGACCGUUGUGACCCCCAAUAUCCUCUAUCCUAACACAAAGACCAGUGGUGUUGAUGAGAGCUUCCUCGCAAUCGAGGCCGUCAACGCACUCAUCACCUACAACGACACCAUGUGCGAGAUACCGGAGGACCUUCAAUCCGUUCUUACUGACAGCAGCUUCUUCAGAGAAAACUCAGAAGUCACGACCAAAGAGAUUCUUAAGAAGUAUGGGGAUAUUGCAAGGGGCAGCUUCUCCCAGAAACCGAGCAAUGGUGGUGAAACCUUCACUAUCACCAACCAAAACCGUGGAGCAAACGUUCCAACCUCAGCACGCAUCGAAACAGACCCGGCUCAGGACGCUGCUGUUGCUGCUCAAAUGCCAAGCUCAGUCCGACAUGUCCCUGGCCCUGGAGGACACCCCCAUCCAAGCGGUGCUGCCCCCCCUGGCGGCGCAGAGCUUGGGCCUAGCUUAGACUUCCGCGACCGCAGCACCAGCACUGGAAGUCAGCCCGACGGCCAGCCGCAACAGGUACCCUAUAGAGCUCGUCCAAACCCUGGAGCCAUGGGUGUUGCUAGUUAAUCUUCGUGUGGUCCUGUUUUCGCUUGCUUUUACUCUUUUUACAGGGGGAGGGGGGGCGCUUGUCAGCAUUUGAUAUCAUGGUUUGAGCUUCACAGGAAUGCUCUUGACGAAUUUUGGGUCGUCCAGCCUUUUGCUUCGCCGUUAUCCUACAUCUUGGCUCACCAUCAUCAUCCUUCCACUUACAGUCGAUUUCAUUGCGACAUACUCGGAUCUUCAGCUGAAACGUCAUCUUGUCUCUCUUCGUCAUUCAAAAAUGCAUUGCAUCCGGCCGCGACGUUAGUCUCAUCUUUGUUCUUCAUAAUCUCGCUAUGGUUUUGGCUCGGAACUGCCUACGGGUCUCUUACUGCUCAGCCAUAGCUUGCCACGCACAUUUGUGGACUUCGGGUGUCAUUUUUACCAUUCAUUUUUGUCUCCUUUUAUUGCAUUGCAUCUGACACUCGGUCAUGGACAUUGCAGUACUCCCCAGCGAAUGUUCCUGUCUCUUCACCAUCAUUCCCAAUCUCUUUACCAGUGCUCGAAGCGGACCUCUCCAUUGAUCUGUGAGAGCCCUUAAUCGCAACUACCCUUCUUGUUUGGUUUCCGCUCUCUUUAUUCCAUUUCCUUUUCUUCUGUUUUCUUCUCUUCUUCUCUUCUCUCUUUGCUCUUUGCUCUUUUCUCUUUUCUCUUUUCUUCCUUCCCUUCUUCUCAUUCCCCGCCUGUCCAAUUUACAAGACAGCAAAGAUACCUAUGACGAGUUUUUGUUUUUGCUACUUUUUUGUCUUAGUCCAUUCUCAACAUCAUCAUCGUCCUCUUACUUUCCUCUCUUCAUUCUCCUUCUCCCACCAUAUCCCAUCCGUCCCCUGAAGCGGUGUCGUUGAGUUUUGUGUAUGUGUUUGUUUUCCCACUGGUGGUACAGGUUCAGGUCUUCCUUUCUAUUCCACUUGCAUCCCGUGUGAUGUGUUCUUCUUCUCUUCUUUUUUUCCCAACCCUCAUCAGUGAUGUAUGUAGUUUACAGCUGUCAAUGGAAUGCCUAAGGCGAAUCGAUUUAGUCGUGUGCAACUAUCCCUAGCACAUUUAUAUUAUACCUAGGUAGUUUAUAUGUCAAGAAGAGAACGCGGUAUACACAGGCACGUAAAUAGUUGGUACAAUGGGAAUCACCAGACUAGGUCGGUAACGACUAAACUCCAGAUAAAAGGCAGGCCUACGGACCACAAAGGAUGAUAAACUCCAAUAAGUAAGACUGGGAGGAGAGUCUCUUGGACACAUCCAACCAUAGCGCAAAGUCGCACAAACAAAUCACACACCCCCUCGAAAAACUCCAACCAAAACAAGGGAACGGGCUUUACGUUCCAUACACCAUUGCCCUGGAAACCUCUCAACUCCACAUAAAAGGCUCUGUAGUUUGAUAUGCAUGACAAUCUCACAAGCAGCUGUACUGGGCUAAACCGGACGACAAAGCAUAACGCAUCUAAGCGCGCUUCCGCAGUGUGCGUCGACCGCCCGCUGCAGUUUCACCACCUGCCGGCGCCGUAACCUUUCGCGUUCCAGAUGUGGCAGUCCUCUUCGAAGCGGCAGAGGGCGCCUGGGCUCGAGCAACGGCCGCCUUCUUGGCUGCACUGCCUGCUGUCGAUGCAGUUGUUACCUUUCGCGACACGGUUGAUCGAACUGUGUGUGCGACCGUGGUACCCGAUGAUGUAGACGAUGAGACGCUACCUCUGCGGUCGCCUUGGCGAGUGGCCGGCCGCGACAAGGGUGAGCGUACGGAUCUGGGACCCCCGGUGGCGGCUCUGCUUCCAGGACGAGUAGUUUGCGCGGAUUGUGGGCGGGCAGGGACAGCGCCUCUUGAAGAGCCGGGGCGGUUGGCGGAAGUGGAUUUGAGCGGGCUUGAUGGUUUUAAUGGUGACAUUGGGCGAGACAGAUAAGACGAGGGCUGCUGGGCUUUCUCGGGAGAAGCACGGAGUGGGGAUUGAGGGUAUGUUCUGGAGUUGGAGGAUUUGGGCGAGAGGAUCCUGUAGUCUGCCCCACGGACCUCUUGGGAAACAACGCGAGAAGUACCACUGGCGGCACCGGGUUUGGCGCGUCGUUUUGGGUUCUUGAGAACGUCGAGCUGCUCGCCUGAUGCGGGGGCGUUUUCUUUGUCGGAGUAGAUACCAGCGGGGCUAGCCAUGUUAGUCUAGGACGUAAACAAACACCAGGACAAGCAUACCUGUGCUUCCUCACUCGUCGAGGG